AUGGCUAGUCGGACUCAGUUUGAAAACUCCAAUGAGGUUGGUGUGUUUUCCAAGUUAACCAACUCAUACUGUUUGGUUGCUGUUGGAGGCUCUGAGAAUUUCUAUUCAGCUUACGAAGCAGAAUUAGGAGAUGUUAUACCCAUUGUACAUACCACCAUUGCUGGUACCCGUAUAGUUGGUAGAAUGACUAGUGGGAAUAGAAGAGGGUUAUUGGUACCUACACAAACCUCGGAUCAAGAGUUGAUGCAUUUAAGAAAUGCUUUACCUGACACAGUUAAGAUUCAAAGAGUUGAAGAACGGUUAUCUGCAUUAGGAAAUGUUAUUUGUUGUAAUGAUUAUGUUGCAUUAGUACAUCCAGACAUUGAAAGAGAAACUGAAGAAUUAAUAGCUGAUGUUUUAGGGGUUGAAGUAUUCCGUCAAACUAUUGCUACUAACGUAUUGGUGGGGUCUUAUUGUGCAUUGAAUAAUAAAGGUGCUUUGGUACACCCUCAAACUUCUAUACAAGAUCAAGAAGAAUUAUCUUCAUUAUUACAAGUUCCUGUGGUUGCAGGUACUGUGAAUAGAGGUUCCUCGGUGGUUGGUGCUGGUAUGACUGUUAAUGAUUACAUUGCGUUCACUGGGUUGGACUCUUCGGGACCUGAAAUCUCCGUCAUUGAAUCCAUCUUUGGCUUACAGAGUGCUCAACCUGAUGACAUUCAAGGUAACUUGAGAGAUACCAUUAUUGAAACCUACACUUAG